AUGGUGGAGCAGCUGCAGGUCGCGGUGGGCCUCAAAGAAACGGUGCAGCGCUGGUGUUGGUCUCAGCCGCAGCAUCAGCAGCAGCACCAGCAACAGCCGCUGAUACACACAGCUUCCUUGCAUCCUGCAUGCAAAGAAGAGCUGGGGGGAGCUCCUGGCUUGACCUUCCUGCAGCAGCUGCUGCAACUGAAGUCGUUCGAAGCAGCAGCACCCAUUCCUGCGCAGCUCUUCCUAGAGGAAUCAGGAGACGCCCAAGAAGGAAGGGUUGCAGCCAGUACAGACGAUGCGGCACUCAUCUUCUCCCCUUACCCUUACAGCAGCUUAAACUCCAGCCGCAGAGGCCUCCAGAGCAACGCUGCUCUCCGCGGGGGUCCCGCGGGGGCCCUUCCCCAGGGACCCCCACCGGCAGGCUGUUCUGUGCAGGCCAGCAGCGACACGAGCUUCUGCUGUCUUCCUGAGGCCCAAGCUGGUGUGUGCACUCCCCAAACGGCAGCAGCAGCAACAACGCAGCAUGGCCUGCCGCGUCGCGCGCUCCUCUCCUUUGGGAGCCCAGUGCAGCAAGAAGUGUUAGAGGGGCCUCAGUGCGCCUCAGGCAGCGAAGAGAAGGCAGCAGCGAAACUCCUCGAGAGCGCAGCGCCAUCAAUCGAGGAUGCGGUCUCUGCUGCAGCAUCUGCUGCUGCUGCGCCGCCUGAGGCUCAGGAGCAGCACGGAGGCCCCCAGCUGCAGCUGGCCGCUCAAGUGCUGAAGCACCCAAGGCUUGCAGCAGCAAAACUCAACAAGGAUAAAGGAGUAAAGCGACGGCCUGACCAGCAGGGCCCCCUACAGGGGACCUCCCGAGGGGCAUCUCUCGUCUUGGCUGCAGCACCUGCCCCAGGAGUGGCGGCACUUCAAGUUGUUGGGGGCCCCGUAGCGCGCGCUGAGGGGCCCCCUCAGAAGCGGCAGGCUGCGGACAAAGGUGACGUUGUGGCAACUGAAAGUGCGGCUGCUGCUGCAGCGGUGGCUGCUGCGCGCUGCAGCAGCAGCAGCACCAGCGGCGGCGCAGAGGCUGCGGUGCAUGCGUUUGCUGCUGAGUGGCUACGCGGCUGUCAGCAGCGCCUGAAGGCGUUCAGGGGGAAGGGGAGAGAGCAAGACAAUUUCAGCAGCAGCAGUAGCAGCGUGGGUCCCCUCGGACUUGGAGACGCUUCCUCUUCUUCUGCUCCACCUGUUGCUGUUCCCAAGCCUCCUCAUGAGGACUUGCAGCAGAUAAAGAAACAACUGAAACAAGAGCUGAGAGGCUACAAUACAGCUUUUGCUGCUCACUUUGGUCGCCAGCCACUGAAACAAGACAAGGAGCCCCUCAGGCCGGUGUACAUGCACUACCAGCGGAUAAAGCAGAGGCUAGAGCAGCAUCUGGCGGCAGCGGAAAGCAACGCACCUCCUGCUGCUGCUGCUGCUACUACUACAGCAGCAGAGAGUGUCUCAGCAGCAUCUGCGUCGCUCCCAGAAGUCUCCAGUGCUGCAAGCAGCACAAGACGCAGCACCGCCGACAGCAACUCUCCCCCUGCAGCGGCCUCCCCAACUGCAGGUAUCUUGAAGCGUCUAACGAGACACCCCAACGCUCGUUCUCUAGACGCCCUCAGCCCCAAGGCUUCACAUCGUGUGGGAACAUCUGUGGGGGCCCCCCGGUCGCCGGCGAGGGCUAAGGAGAAGCAAACGAACAAACCCAUUGGGAAGCCUACCGCCUUUGAGAGGCAACAGCUGCUGCAGCGGCGAAGAGAGGAAAUGGCUCUGCAGCUGCACCAACUGCAGCGAGAACGCCGCUUGCUAGGAGAUAAACUAGCGGCUUAUCACCUCCGGUUCAAACAGGAGCACGGCAUGCCUUUGAGACUGAAGGCUGAUAUCGCUCCUGUACAAGAAGAGUAUAAACUUUUUGUGGAAAUAACUAAACAAAUCGAUGCUCUCGCGUUCGCGCUGCAGAAGCAAACGUUGUGA